AUUAUAAGUUUUAAAACGUUCUUCAAAAGAAGAACUGUUUCAUUUUAUGUUAUAAAUCAAAUAUUAAAAUGUUUUCAAAUUUACGGAUUAUUUUUAUUAUCCCCGAAGAAUACGAUAAUGAAACCCAAUGUUCGGAAAUAAUGCAAUCUGCGUUUCAAGCAUGUAAAGGAAAUUCUGUGAAUGUUGAAUGGAUUAGAGAUGAUAACAGUUUAACAGAAGCCGAACUACAAAAGACGGAAUUUAUUGUAUUUGAUAAAUUUGAAGGGAGUUGUUAUGAAAGAAUUAAAGACUCAAAAGCAACUAGAAUUGUUGGUGCAUAUUGUUUGUUAAUUUGUUUAAUCGAUGGGCGUCCAGUACCGAAUUUUUCUUGGCCGGUGUUUAAUAUGGCAAUGUCGGAUUGCGUUGUUUGCACCUCGCAUAUUACUAAAUCGAAACGAGAUUGUCUUAAAGAAAAAAUCCAAUUGAUGGGUGGUCAAUUUACUGAGGGAUUAUUUGAACCUAACACACAUUUAAUAACCGAUAAUGUUAAAACUGAAAAAUAUGUUAAAGCGGCAGAGCUUGGUUUAAAAAUAAUGUUACCUGAUUGGGUGGAUGUAGUUUGGGAAUUCUCUCAAACAGAAAACGUUCAUUGCAACGAUCAACGAUUUAAAACAUAUUUUUGCCCACCUUUUAAUAAUUUAAAAAUAACUACUACCGGUUUUACAAAUAUCGAGGAACGCGAGAAAUUAAAAACGAUAAUUACUGAGAAUGGAGGUACUUAUUCCGGACAAUUACAUUGUGAUACUACAGAUAUACUUAUUUGUAAUGGUCCAACAACUUCGGAUAAAUACAAAGUAGCUAGAAAAACUAAUAAAAUAAAAUGCGUUUCUCACGAUUGGUUAUUAGAUAGUGUAAGAAACGGUUAUGCACUUAAAGUGGAAGAAUAUACAAUUAAAAAACAGACUUCCACUCCAACUAAAAAUCGUGAAAACAUAAAUCCUAAUUUCUCAGUGAUGAGUGCAAUUAAUUCCAUAACACCUUACUCUAGUGUUUUACAAGAAACCGUAAACUUAUCUAUGUCAAAUUCAAAUUCAUCACUUUCUCAAACAAGAAAAAGAAGAAGUUCUACAUUAAAUGAUGUUAAUGAUAUCAUCGAUGGAAUUGAUAUCAAAUCAGUUAAACAAGCUGGAAGAUUUUUAGAUGGGUGUUGUGUUUUCAUAGCGGGGUUUUCACCGGAUCAACGCGAAAAAGUUUCGAGAAUUUUAAAUUUGGGAGGUGCGACAAGAUACGACCAAUUAUCGGAUCGAAUAACUCAUAUAAUUGUUGGUGAUCCCACAUUAAACGACGCCCGCGCUUUGUAUAAAGAACAUUCCGCCCCUGUUGUUAGUUUGGAGUGGUUGUGUGAAUGUAUUCGAACGCAAUCCGUGGUCCAUGAGGAUGAAUAUGUCGUUAAUUUACAAACGCGUGCAUCUCCUAAUGUUACUGAUUCACCAAUUUCACAAAAAGGUUUAAAGUUAUUAAGAUGUGGAUUAUCAAAAGAAAUUUCAAAUUCCGAUGAUAAAAAAGAGGAAACGAUUACUAACCCAACCGAUGAUUUUAAUGAUAUAAACAGCGAAAUUCUUCAGCAGUAUUUAAACCCAGCUUUAACAAAUCAGGAAGAUACAAUAGCUCAAUUCCUUCAAAACAAUGAUUUUAAUUCAAAACAAAUCGAUGAUAAAUCAUCCACUUUAAAAGAAUCGGAUAAAACUGAAUCAUCGAGGAAAGUUUUAAUCGCAGGAAAUCCAUCAAAUGUUUCAAUUUCGGAAACUGAAGAUGAUUUAACCGGACAACCAUCGUUUUUUAAUCGAAUCAAAGUUGUAGUUGCGUUGUUCGAUGAGGAUCAAAUGGGUAUGAUUCGAAAUUUUAUUGAAGAAAAAGGAGGUGAAACGAUAUCGAUUAAUAAUGAUGAUGAAUUGGCUCGUUUAAAUUUAGACAACGUCGAUUUUAUCGUUGUUCCCGCUUUUAUCCAUAAAAAUUUGAAAAAAAAUUAUAAAAAAAUUUGUGAUGUUGCCUCAACGGAUGUUAAAAUUGUUACGGAAUUUUUUAUAACCGAUUGUAAUCAAAAUUUGGAAAUUGUUUCAAUCGAGUAUUAUCAUAAACCGGUUAUUUUAAAAAAUAUAACCGAAGAUAAUUCCGAAAACGGACCCUUGCGCGGAAAAGUAGUUACAAUUUCAUCUUAUUCCGGCACGGAAAGAAGUUUCUUAGCGGAUUUAGUCGAUAGACUUGGUGCUGUUUAUCAAGAACAAUUAUGCAGAGUUAAUAGGAACGAAAUAUUACCUUCAACGCAUUUAAUUAACCCAAUUGCUGAGGGGAAAAAAUAUGAAGCCGCUGUUAAGUGGGGACUUCCCGUUAUUACAAAAGAUUGGCUUUUAGAUUGUUGUAAAAGUGGCAAAUUAAAAUGGGAAGGAAAUUAUUUAGUUGGAAGUUCUAAAGCGCCACCAAAACCAAUUGAAGUUGAAUCAGAAUCUGAUGUGUCAUCAGAAUCUGAAAAUGAAGCGAAUAAUGAUUCAAAAUUAGAAUUAAAAUCAUCUAAUAAAUUAAAAGAGAAUGUCGAUACUAAUAUACAAAAAAAUUUAAUUAAAAAAGAUGUAAUUAAUAAGAUUCGUGAAGAUUCGCCACAAGCUUGGAGUGAUAUUACUCCUCUUAAAGACAUCGUUAAACGAUUUGAGGGAAAUCUUAAAAUAAAUUUGUCCCCAUCAACUCCCGCACUGCCUAAAUUAUACAAUGAAGUUGACACCCCUGAAACACCAUAUGGAAAUUUUUUAAAAUCAAAUCCAUCUCCAAGACUACGUAAACAAUGUUUGCAAUGGAUCAAUUCACUUCCAUACGCUAAACCAAAACCUUUAAGUACCCCUUUUUCUGAACUAAAACGAAGAUUAUGGAAGAAAAUUUUACACGAAGGUGAUGAAACUCCCAAAAAAAUCCGCCAACCUAAUUUUGAAUCAUCCCCAGAAGAAACCACCGAUGAAAUUAAUUUUAGUAGUGUUUUAAAUAAAAAUGAAACUGAGGAAGACUCCAAUGAUACCCCGCGGAAAGCUUUAAUAAAUAGUAAUUUAGAUAAAUUGCAAAGAAAAAUAUCGAUGUCAACUAACCAAAAUAGUUUAAUCCGAAGAAAGUCGAAUUUUAAUCAAGAAUCUUGUAGUGAAUCGGUUACGGAAAUUAAAAUUUCUCAAGCGGGUAUUGUUGGUUGGGAGGAGUAUUCGCAAAAGGAAAAAAAACAGCAAGAACAGAUUCCCACGCCAGUUUUUAUACUAUCAACAAUCGAAAAUGAUUUAAGAAAUAUCCUAAUAAAACAAAUCGAAGAAUUAGGAGGAAAAGUGUCAACUUUAUCAUUUUACGAUCCCGAUGGAACGCAUCUUUUAGCACCGAAACUACAACGUACAGAAAAAAUGUUAUCGUGUAUGGCAGCUGGGAAAUGGAUUCUUCAUCCAUCCUAUAUUGAAGCGUGCACGAAAGAAAAUCGAUUUUUAAAUUGUGAAGCAUUCGAAUAUGGAAAUCCAUCGGCGAAUAAGGAUAUAACAGUACAAUUUGAUAAAGAUAAAAAGCUUUGGAUGGAACCUGUACAUUAUUGGAGAGUUGAAGUAGCUAAAAGGGGAUAUGGAGCUUUCCACGACAUGAGAGCAAUAAUUUUUACUGCCAAACGAGAUGCUAUUGUGAGGAUAAUCGAGGCUGGUGGUGGGAUGGUUGUAAAUGCUACACCACCGUUUGAAGAUAAUAUCUACGCAACUCAUUGUUUAAUUGAUCCGAAAAUAGUACACGAUUUUUCUUCUUUUAUUCCCCUUGCAAAACAAGGGAUAUUUUGUGUAAAUAUUACCUUUAUUUCCGAUUUUCUUUAUCGAAAUGUAAGAGAUGAUCGCGAUGCGUGUUUACCUGAGUUAGCGAAAUAUUAUCAAGAUUAAAAUAAAAGUUUAUUUAAUUCAGGUUUAUACAAAUGUCAUUAUAUUUAUUAUUCAA